AAAUAACUGUCACCAAAAUCCCCUGAAAAUCCAAUGGGUACAUGCCACAUGGAAGACAAAAGUACUAUAUACUUGAUCUUUAGCAAACCCAAAAAUUUGUGCAAUUAUUUUUUUCUGAAAAUGAUGACCAAUCACUGAAAAGUGAAAAGGACAAGAAACCAUUAUAUUCGGGCCUUACUAGUUUUUAUUGUCUUUGGAUCUCUUAAAGGAUCACCCAGUUUUUUUUUUAUAUGGCUGAAGCCAACCUCCUAAAAUUAAAACCCCAAACCCUCAAGCCCCUUUGAUUUUCCUUCCCAAGAUCUAUAAAAGGUUGGUUAUUGAAUGGAUGAAGCAAAAGAGAAGGGUGGUUCAGUGAGUAUUGUUACAGAAUCUCCAGUAACUGUUUGUGAAACUGUAGUUGAAACAGUGGUUUGUGAGGAUCAAGUUCAGAUUGAGGAAGGAGGGGAAGUGGGUGCUAGUAAUGGAGAUGAUAUAAUGGUGGAGGUUUUGGGUUCUCAUGUUUAUGUAGAUGGUAUUUGUACUACUGAUGGGGGAGAUGGAGAUCUGGUUGGGGCUGGUUUGAAUGAAGCAGAUCAUGGUCGUGAUGAGUCGGGUGAAGUUUGUUUGGAGAGUAAUUUGCGAAGCUUAGAUGGUGACGUUGAUGCAGCUGGUGAGCUGGGUUCAAUGAGUGAGGUUUCAGGUGAUGAAGCUAAGGCUCAGAAUGAGGUAAAUGGAGCUGAGGUUGAAGGUUCUGGUGCACCUGAUAGUUCUGCAGUUGGAGAAGAUGGUGAGAAUGCUGAAUGUACUAGUGGAAUGGAUGAGGAUGGCAGAGAUGCAAAUCAAGCUUUGGAGACACAAAAAAAUGGUGAUCUGGAUGGUGAUGAAUUGAAUCAUGGAAACCAGAAAGCAGUUGUAUGUUCAUCAGCUGCAUCUGAAGAUUCAAGUAUGCAAACUAAAGUUGUCAAGGAAGCUGCAAUGAUGAUUGAUGGGGAAGAUUUGAAUACCAUAGAUGGUGCUCGUGAAACUAUAUCUGGCACAACAAAGAAAGCUGCUGAUGGCGAUUUAGAUCCAGAUGCCAAAUCCUUGGAUGUGAAGACACAGCUUACUGCUGAAGAAGUUCCACAUUCUGAAGCUAAAGAUUCAGUUUAUUCAUCUCAGUCAAUUGAAUUGGUUGUUGAAGGCCAAUUAGACGAGAAGGUUAAUUCAAACAUGGAAAUUGACAAGCAAGGUACUGAUUCUGAGAAACAGCAAACGGAAGCUAAUACUUCUCACCAAAGCACUGAAAAUCAUGCUACAGGAAAUGACCAAAACUUAAAGGCUAAGACAGUCAUUGACAGAGGAGAGGAAGUUGAUUUAAGUAUUGGGGAAGCAAUGGAUGUUGAAAAGCACGUUUCUGAUACCAAAAAUGUUGGUUUUGAUGCAGAGCAAGAUGUUAAAGUUCAAGAAGAGCCUGUUAAAAUUGAGACAAUGGGUGUGGGCACUGAAAAUCACAUAAAUUUAUGUCAAGAUUCAGAAUCUUUGGGUCACCAAACAGAUGUUGUUGGUAGUGAUGAAGUUGAAGCCUCAAAAAUAGUUGAUAACAAUGUUCCAAACCAGAUAUCUCCCUCAGUUGGCUCAGAUAAGGUGUUACAUUCCUCAGGAAAUGAAGAUCAGCUAGCUAAGAAUGCAGCUUCUGAGGAUGAUUCAAGUGCAGGGCAAGAUAUGAAUGUUAAAGAACAAGUUACUGGUGAUGAACAGGACAGUUUAGACCAAGUGCAAGAAAUGGAAGUUGAAGAACAUGAUACUGAUUCUGAACAGCCAACCAACAUCGAUGAAAAGACCGUUAAACGGACACCUCUAAAGUCUGCAAGUGCAGUAAAGGUGCAUCAAGCUAAGUACCAGCUGCCAUUGGAGGAAGAAGGUGAAUUUUCUAUUUCUGAUUUAGUCUGGGGUAAGGUGAGGAGCCAUCCAUGGUGGCCAGGACAGAUAUUUAAUCCUUCAGAUGCUUCUGAGAAGGCAGUGAAGCAUCAUAAGAAGGAUAGCUUUCUGGUAGCAUAUUUUGGGGAUCGAACAUUUGCUUGGAAUGAAGCAUCUCUUUUGAAGCCAUUUCGAACACAUUUCUCUCAGAUAGAGAAACAGAGUAAUUCAGAAUCAUUCCAGAAUGCCGUCAAUUGUGCUUUGGAAGAAGUUUCUAGACGGGUAGAACUAGGUUUUGCUUGCUCUUGCAUACUGCAGGAUGCCUAUGACAAGAUAAAAUUCCAAAAAGUUGAGAAUACUGGAGUUCGGCAAGAAUCAAGUUUAAGAGAUGGUGUUGAUAUAUCUUUGAGUGCUAGUUCCUUUGAACCUGACAAAUUAGUUGACUAUAUGAAAGCAUUAGCGGAGUCUCCAUCUGGUGGGGCUGAUCGACUUGACCUUGGGAUUGCUAAAGCUCAAUUGUUGGCAUUUUAUCGUUUAAAAGGUUAUCAUCAGCUGCCUGAAUUCCAAUUCUGCAGAGGUUUAAGCGAAAAUGAAGCAAAUACCUCAAAUUCUGAAGAAAAAAUGCACUUUGGUGAGGAAAUUGAGCGUGCUACUCCUAUGGAUACGGAUGGUGAGCAAAUUUCCACUGGCCAGGAGACUUCAAAAACUCAGAGAAGCUCUUACCUUAAACGCAAGCAUAAUCUUAAGGAUGAGUUAUAUCCUAGUAAAAAGGAAAGAAGCUUGUCUGAAUUGAUGGGUGAGACAGUUGAUUCUCCUGAUGGUGAAAAUGGGUCUGAUGGGAUAGCUAAUAAGCUCCCUUCAUCAUCAUCUGGCAAGAAAAGAAAAGCUGUUGAUUCCUCUGAGGACUUGGUGAUGCAGGAAGGGAGGAAGACAAUUUCUCUUACCAAAGUAACUCCAACCACACCUCAUUUCCCAAAGCCUUCCUUUAAAAUUGGUGAAUGUAUCCGUAGAGCUGCAAGCCAGAUGACUGGAUCUCCAUCGAUUCUAAAGUCUAGUGGUGAUAGGUUACAGAAGCUUGAUGGAGGCAGUGAAAAUCCUGCUGCAGAUGGAUGUGAUGCUCCCAUUGAUAAUUUUGAGGAUGGCCAUCGAAAGAGGAUGAAUAUUACGGCUGAAUACUCAUCACUAGAUGAGUUGUUAUCACAACUUCACUUGGCAGCAUGUGAUCCUAUGAAAAGUUUCAAUUCUUUUAAUAUUGUUAUUAGCAUCUUCUCUGAUUUCAGAGAUUCAGUUGUUCUGGAUCAACUUCCUGGGGACAAAUCUGGUGGCAAACGGAAGAAGUUGCCCAAUUCUAUUAUUGGUUUUCCAGAAACUUUUGAGUUUGAGGACAUGAGUGAUACGUAUUGGACUGACAGAAUAGUCCAAAAUGGUUCUGAAGAGCAACCAUCACAUGGAAAUGAAAGGGGACAAUAUCAAAUUGUGCCUGUUGAUUUAGGGAAACCACUACAAAAAGGCCGUAAGUCUCGAAAACGAUAUUCUGAUUUCAAUCAUGAUUUGACAGCACAGAAAGCCCCUGGUUAUGUUGAUGAGAGGGCCCCGGCAGAACUUGUUAUGAACUUCUCUGAGAUUAAUUCUGUUCCUUCAGAAACAAAGCUAAAUAAGAUGUUCAAGCACUUUGGACCAUUAAAAGAAUCUGAGACAGAAGUUGAUCGCGAAACCAGCCGUGCCAGAGUUGUUUUUAGAAGAUCGUCUGAUGCAGAAGUUGCCUACAAUAGUGCUGGAAAGUUCAACAUAUUUGGGACAGUGGCUGUAAAUUAUCAACUCAACUACACUAUAUCUGAAUCAUUCAAAGCUUUGUUGUAUGCUCCAACCCUAGCUGAGGAGACUUCCCUCAUUGCUUCAGCCCUAUGUGGGGACCAUGCACUGGUUGCUUCGACCCUGGGUGAGGAAACUUCACUCAUUGCCUCAAGCCUAGGUGAGGAAGCUUCAUUCAUGGUUUCAACCCUUGGUGAGGAAACUUUACCCAUUUCUACAACUUUCCAUGAGGAACCUUCAAUCAUAGCCUCAACCUUAGGUGAGGACACUUUGGCCAUUCCCGCAACCUUAGUUAAUGGAACUUCAGUCAUUGCCACAACCAUCUAUGAGGAAACAUUCCCCAUUGCCACAACCAUGUAUGAGGAAACAUUCCCCAUUGCCACAACCACAUAUGAGGAAACAUUCCCCAUUGUCACAACUGCAGGUGAGGGAACAAUGGCUGUUGUUACAAGUGUUGGUGACCAAACUUUCACAGUUAAUGCAACUGCAGGUGAACAAUCUUCAACCAUUGUCACAACUAAUAGAGAGCAAACCUUGACAGUGGCCUUGACCUUGGUUCGGGAAGCUUCUCUCUUCACCACAACCUUGAGCAAUGAAACUUCAACCAUCUCCACAGCCUUGGUUGAGGAAACUUCAACAGUUAAUGCAAGCUUGGGUGAGGAAACUUCAACCGUGGCUACCUUAGGUCAAGAAACUUCAGCCGUUCCCACAGCCUUGAGUAAAGAAACUCCUAGCAUUCCCACAACCUUGGGCGAAGCAACUCCUACCUAUCCGGUGACAUUGGCAGAAACCCCUAACAUUCCCAUAACCUUGGGCGAAGAAAUUCCUGAUCUUUGCACAACCUUGGGCGAACAUACUCCAGCCAUUCCUGCUACCUUCAGUGAAGAAACUCCGGCCAUUCCUCCAACCUUCAGCAAAGAAACUCCUACCAUUCCUGCAACCUUGGGUCAUGAAACUCAGACCAUUCCUACAACCAUGGGUGAGCUAACUAAGACCAUUCCUGCAACCUUGGGUGAGGAAACUACUACUGUUCCCACAAUCUUGGGCGAGGAGGAAACUACUACUGUUCCCACAACCUUGCACAAGGAAACUUUGGCUAAGGAAACUCCAAUUAUUACCGCGACAUUGGGCGAAGAAACUAUGAAUGUUCCCACAACCUUGCAUGAGGAAACUUUGGCUGAGGAAACUGCAAUUAUUACCACAACAUUGGGUGAAGAAACUCCAACCAAUCCUACGACCUCGGGCGAAGAAACUCCAACCAAUUCUACGACCUUGGGCGAGGAAACUCCAAUUAAUCCCACAACCUUGGGUGAGGAAGCUUCAACUGUUCUCACAACUAAUGUUGAGGAAACAUCAACUGUUUCCACCACCAUGGAAACUGAGACUUUACCCCCUGCCGUGGCUGAAAGCAAGGAAUCUGCAACUUAAUAUCUCCUGUCAAAUUUACUUGGAUAUUUCUGGCGAGAACACAUCCUGAGGUUCUGAUGUCAGUGUGGCUCUGGUAGGAUUGAUUCAACUUUCCACUGAAGAAGGCAAUCAGGCAGACAGCUCAUCUGGUGCAACUUGAAUCUUCUGCUCGGAUUCUUUCUUGAAUUAAGCUCUAAGCUGCAUGGUUUAUACACAUGCACCGGCUAGUGUAAUAUAAUCGCAUUUUAGAUGAUGACCUUUCCAUGGAUGCUAUCCUUGAGGACUAGGAGAAUUGCAUUGUAUAAUCAAGCUGCCUAUCUAUUAUCGUGCAUGUCGUACAACCGAUUACGGAUCAUUGUGCCAGCUUUUGCUUUUGGUUCCUCAUGAAUUUCUCCUGACAUGAGAAAAUUAAUUGCCAUGAUUCGUAAAACAUGAGGGUUGUAUUCCACUUUUUGCUAGAUCACAAGCUUUUUUUCCUUCAUGGGUAUGAAGAAAAAGACUCAAAUGACCCAAAGCACCAUGUUUUUCAAGAGAUUGGAUUAUUGUAAGGAAAACUAUCUCAUGCAUCCACCAUUAAAAUAUUGAAAAGGGUUGUAGGACAAAAUAUGUUAAAAGAAAC